CGCGGCGCUGACGGGCAGGUCUCGUAGCCAAUAGUGUCAAAGGGUCGCCGGGCCUCCCGCAGGUCCAACCAAUGACGCGGCAGGGCUGGAUGGUCCCGGACGUAAACGUCGCGAGGAGCCGCCCUGCCGGGCAGAAGCCCGAAGAAGAGUCGGCGGCACAAAAUGGCGGCGGCGGCGGCAGCGGCUGCUACGGCCGUGGCCGGGGCUCAGGGUCCAGCGGCCCCUGCGGCGGCUGCGGCGGGGACCCCGGGCCCGGGGGGCACAGCUCCCGGGUCGCAGGGCGUGCUGAUUGGGGACCGACUGUACUCCGGGGUGCUCAUCACCUUGGAGAACUGCCUCCUGCCCGACGACAAGCUCCGCUUCACGCCAUCCAUGUCGAGUGGGCUCGACACCGACACGGAGACCGACCUCCGCGUGGUGGGCUGCGAGCUCAUCCAGGCGGCCGGCAUCCUGCUCCGCCUGCCGCAGGUGGCCAUGGCGACGGGGCAGGUGUUGUUCCAGCGGUUCUUCUACACCAAGUCCUUUGUGAAGCAUUCCAUGGAGCACGUGUCCAUGGCCUGUGUGCACCUGGCCUCCAAAAUAGAGGAGGCGCCCAGACGGAUCCGGGAUGUCAUGAACGUCUUCCAUCGCCUGCGACAGCUGAGGGAGAAAAAGAAACCUACACCUCUACUGCUGGAUCAGGAGUAUGUUAACUUGAAGAACCAGAUUAUAAAGGCAGAGAGACGAGUUCUCAAGGAGCUGGGUUUCUGCGUCCAUGUGAAGCACCCCCACAAGAUAAUCGUUAUGUACCUCCAGGUGUUAGAGUGUGAACGUAACCAACACCUGGUCCAGACCUCGUGGAAUUACAUGAAUGACAGCCUUCGCACAGACGUGUUUGUGCGGUUCCAGCCCGAGAGCAUCGCCUGUGCCUGCAUUUACCUUGCAGCCCGGACGCUGGAGAUCCCUCUGCCCAAUCGUCCCCAUUGGUUUCUUUUGUUUGGAGCAACUGAAGAAGAAAUUCAAGAAAUCUGCUUAAAGAUCCUGCAGCUGUAUACUCGGAAAAAGGUUGACCUGACACAACUGGAAAGUGAGGUGGAAAAGAAGAAGCACGCCAUGGACGAGGCAAAGGCGCAAGCCAGGGGCCUGCUGCCAGGCAGCACCCCUGCCCUGGACAGCACCUCGGGGUUCUCUCCUGCCCUCAAGCUCGCGGAAUCUCCCAAAGAAGGCAAGGGGAGCAAGGCUUCCCCGCUCUCGGUGAAGAGCACCAAGAGGAAAACGGAGGGUGCGAAGAAGGCCAAGGCUGACAGCCCGGUGAACGGGUUGCCGAAGGGGCGAGGCAGUCAGAGUCGGAGUGGGAGCCGUGAGCAGAGCUACUCGAGGUCUGCGUCGCGAUCCGCUUCUCCUAAGAGGAGGAAAAGCGACAGCGGCUCGACCACAGGAGGGUCCAAGUCCCAAAGCCGCUCGCGGAGCCGGAGCGACUCGCCCCCGAGACAGGCGCACCGAGGCGCUCCCUACAAAGGCUCCAAGGCCAGGAGCUACCGCAAGGCCAAGGACUGCAAGUACCCCGCCCAGAAGCCACACCCGUCUCGGAGCCGGAGCUCCUCCCGCUCGAGAAGCCGCUCCCGGGACCGGGCAGAUAGUUCCGGCAAGUACAAGAAGAAGAGUCAUUACUACAGGGACCAGCGGCGGGAGCGUUCGAGGUCUUACGAGCGCACAGGCCACGGCUACGAGCGGGACCACCCCGGACACAGCAGGCAUCGGAGGUGAGGCCUGGGUCCCCGGGAGCUGCCCUCCGCCUCGCCAGGCUGACCUGUGGCUCAGCUCUCCUUGUAAAUGGUUGUUGACUCUGGACCUCGGGGUGAAUUCGGAGAUGGAAUCGAGAGGAUGGCACGGUGCCCUUCAGGUUGGCUGGGCGAGGCACACACCGGUCCCGGUGCCCGGCCUGUCUUGGCCGCAGCCCUGCAGCACAAGCUGCAGAGUCGAUACUGCGCACGCCGGUGGUGUGGAUUGGUGCUAACGACAGGCUGUCUUCACUCCCAUACCGACACUCAAUUACGUUAAACCAACAAAAUGACUUUUAGGACCUUUGCCUAUAUUAGGUUGUACUUAUGUACAUAUUUUGCAGUAUUUCACAAUGAGAAAAUGGCCUUAAUAGCCCCUAUUCUCUAUCCACGUUGUAAAUAAACAUGUGUUUAAUACAAGUUAAAGCUAUAUAUGAGAACUCAGAACUUGAAUUCUGUCAGCCUAAAACUUGUGUAGAGAAUUCUGAUUUUUAAAAUGUGAAGGUGUUUAGAUCUGUGUUGAAAGGCGUAUAUUUUUAUCUGCGAUGCUGAGUGCAGGCCACCAGCUCCUAAAUAGAGGUUUCCUAUCUAUGCAUUUCAUGUGGUUGAAUAAACAAUUCUCUCUGCUCAGGA